AAAAUAUUUGUACAUCAAUUCUCUCAAAAUGGCUACUGUUCCUCUGAAAGAUGAGCUAGACAUUGUGAUACCAACAAUUAGAAAUUUGGAUUUUCUUGAGAUGUGGAGGCCAUUUUUUGAGCCAUAUCAUCUAAUUAUUGUACAAGAUGGCGACCCUUCAAAGACUAUUAAGGUUCCUGAUGGUUUUGAUUAUGAGCUAUACAACCGUAAUGACAUUAACAAGAUUUUGGGCCCGAGGGCUUCUUGCAUCUCAUUCAAAGAUUCGGCUUGUCGUUGCUUUGGUUAUAUGGUCUCCAAGAAGAAAUAUAUUUACACCAUUGACGAUGAUUGCUUCGUUGCAAAGGAUCCAAGUGGGAAAGAUAUCAAUGCAUUGGAACAACACAUAAAGAACCUUCUUUGCCCAUCAACUCCCUAUUUCUUCAACACACUUUAUGAUCCAUUCAGAGAUGGUGCUGAUUUUGUGCGUGGAUACCCUUUUAGCCUACGUGAGGGUGUCUCAACUGCAGUCUCUCAUGGCCUCUGGCUCAACAUACCUGAUUAUGAUGCACCUACUCAACUUGUCAAGCCACUCGAGAGGAAUACUAGAUAUGUUGAUACGGUGUUGACAAUCCCAAAGGGUACUCUAUUCCCAAUGUGUGGUAUGAAUCUGGCAUUUGACCGUGACCUUAUUGGUCCAGCUAUGUACUUUGGUCUCAUGGGAGAUGGACAGCCUAUUGGACGCUAUGACGAUAUGUGGGCUGGUUGGUGCUGCAAGGUUAUAUGUGAUCACUUGGGAUUGGGUAUCAAGACUGGAUUACCCUACAUCUACCACAGCAAGGCUAGCAAUCCAUUUGUGAACCUGAAGAAAGAGUACAAUGGAAUAUUCUGGCAAGAAGAAAUCAUUCCAUUUUUCCAGCAAAUGAACCUGUCCAAAGAGUCAACUACUGUCCAGAAAUGCUACGUGGAAAUGGCCAAGCAGGUUAAUGAAAAACUUGGGAAAAUAGAUCCUUAUUUUGUGAAGCUUGCUGAUGCUAUGGUCACUUGGAUUGAGGCUUGGGAUGAGCUCAAUCCUGCUACUAAAGACUCUGCCAAAGUUACUAAUGUUGCUUCCAAAUAAAUUAUUUCAUAGCUUUUUCUGUAACUUUUUUGUUUACUUGCAGUAUUUUAUAACUUUGGAUUUAUGUAAUGUUGUCGUUUGUAUCCUUUUUAAACAUAUGGCAGUGAAUUCGUUCUCAAGCCGUGUAUACA